AUGUUGUCGGGUAAUUUUCUGCUGGUCAUUGUGGUGAGGAUCAACCCAAAACUCCACACUCCUAUGUACUUUUUCCUGAGUAACCUUUCCAUUAUUGAUGUCUCUUUCUCCUCCAGUAUUGUUCCUCUAAUCUUAGUCAAAAUGCUUGCCAAAGACAAAAGCAUUUCCUUACUGGAAUGUGGCAUUCAGGUAUUUAUCUCUUUAGCUCUAGGGGCAAUAGAAUGUAUGAUACUGGCCGUCAUGGCCUAUGAUAGGUAUGUUGCCAUCUGCAAGCCCUUGCACUACAAUACCAUCAUGAAUAAGAAAUUCUGCUUUUGUUUGUCGGCAAUAACCUGGAGUAUAGGAAUCCUCAACUCUGUUGUCUUGGUGAGUGACACGUUUACGCUGCCUUUCUGCAGGUCACAGCUGAAUCACUUCUUCUGUGAAAUUCCACCAAUGUUACGAAUAGCCUGCACAGACACUUGGCUCAACCUUCUAGUGGUCUUCACAUCUGCAGGGCUCAUCGUCAUGAGUUCUUUCUUCUUGACUCUCAUCUCCUACAUCCGUAUUAUCUCCACCGUCUUGAAAAUCCGUUCCUCGCAAGGGAGGCAUAAAGCAUUCUCCACGUGUGGAUCUCACCUGACUGUGGUCACAAUCUUUUAUGGAACCAUCAUGUUCAUGUACCUGAGGCCCCGCUCUAUAAGCACUCAUGAAAUGGACAGAGUUGUGUCCAUCGUAUAUACUACCGUGACUCCAAUGUUAAAUCCUUUCAUCUACAGUAUGAGGAAUAAAGAUGUUAAAAGUUCCUUUAGCAGUAAAUUGAAUAGACAAUAA